UACGACAAAGACAACGAUGGCAAGAUAUCGUACGUGGAGCUCAAAGGGAUCAUAGAGUCCCGGGAGUACGACCACGACCUCCCCGACAAUGUGGUGGACAAGAUCAUGGGACUCGCCGACCGGGACAACUCGGGAUACCUGGACUUCCCGGAGUUUGUGGAGAUGAUGCACCACCCUGAUCUGAAGGCGGUCUUUGGACACUUCGUAGCUAGAUACGUGCACUCCAUCAUCCCUCACAGGAACCCGGUUGAUACUACAGGAAGGUGGCCUGGCUUCAACGCAGUUUCUACUAGUGACGGCGGUAGACUAUUUUUUUUAUCUUUGUCUAUGUCAUUAAAACAUUUUUACUCAUAAAAAAGUAAAACAGUGCUAUAGUUUUGACUUUGGAAUGCUUUGUCGCUUUCUGUCAAAUGGUUAAUUCAUAUUGAAAGAAAGAGACAGUGUGUUUUAAUUAAAACAGGACUGUUUUAGUUUUUAGGAAGGGUAUUCAUAUAUCAUUGGGUCUCUCUCUAGUCUCUACGUGACGUCGAAUUGUGAUUUCGAUUGAU